AUGGGUGUCUUCGAUCUGAUUCGUGGUCGAAAGGACCAGGUGGUCGUCGAGGAUCUGCGCCCAACUCAAGGAAAUGAGAAGCCCGAUAUCAAUGUGGAGCAAAACACGGUGGACGAUCAUCUGAACAACCUGGGCCGUGCAGAGAAGGAGAUCGAGGAACAUCCUGACCAGGUCACCGCGAAUACUGCAGAUGGUGUGCGCAAGGCUGAGGCUGUUGCUUUGGUCUGGAGCAAGCCGGCUGUUUACGCAACCUAUGCCUGGAUCUGGAUCUGUUUCUUUAUGUUGGCUUUGCAUUCCUCUAUCGGUUCCAACGUUCUCUACUAUGCCUACUCCAACUUCCAGGAUGCUUCUCAGGUCAGCACGGCCACCAUUCUGGCAAGUAUCGUCGGUGGAGUUCUCAAGCUCCCCAUCGGAAAGAUCUUGACUCUAUGGGGACGUGCAGAAGGUCUCAUCAUCUUCACAACCGUAUAUAUUCUCGGCAUUAUCAUCCUUGCUGCUUGCAACAACGCCAACAGUUACGCUGCCGGUUACGUUCUGUACUGGGUUGGAUAUGAUGCGAUCUACAUCAUCCUGGACAUCUUUAUUGCCGAUACUUCGGGCAUGCGCAACCGUGCUUUCGCCUUUGCAUUUGCCUCCACACCAUUCAUCUGCACUUCAUUCACGGGUCCACUGGCUGCUGCGAAUUUCCUGAAGACUUCAAACUGGCGAUGGGCCUAUGGUGCCUUUGCUAUUAUCAUGCCCUUUGUCUUCCUGCCUCUGGCUGGUGUCUUCAAGUAUUAUGAAAUCAAGGCCCGGAAGAUGGGUGUCUUGCAGCGCCCAGUUACCGGCAGGACUACUAUGCAGUCUAUCAUUCACUACUUGCACGAGUUCGACAUUGUCGGUGCCUUCCUUCUAAUGGCGGCUUUCAUCUUGUUCCUCCUUCCCUUCAGUUUGGCCAACUAUGGCCGUGCCCAGUACGCCGAAGCCAGCUUUAUCGCGCCCCUGGUUAUUGGCUUCUGCCUCUUCUUCGUCUUUGCGGCCUGGGAAAAAUGGAUCGCCCGCACCCACUUCAUCCCCUACCAGCUCUUCAAAGACCGCACCGUCCUCGGCGCCUGCUGUCUCUCCGCUAUCCUCUAUUUCAGCUUCUACUCCUGGGAUCUGUACUACUACUACUUUGUGAUGGUCGUAUACAACCUCGAUGUCACGAUGACCGGCUACAUGACAGCGAUUUACACCGUGGGAUCCUGCUUCUGGUCCCCGAUCUUCGGAAUCUGGAUCCGCUACGUGAAAGAGUUCAAGUACAGUUGCCUCUUCUUCGCUCUACCAUUGAUGAUCCUCGGCGCCGGCUUGAUGAUCCACUUCCGCGGCUCGGACGGCGAUAUUGGGUACGUGAUCAUGUGCCAGAUCUUCAUUGCCUUCUCUGGAGGUAUGUUGGUCAUCGGCGAGCAGAUGGCCGUCAUGUGCGCGUCUGACCGUGAGGGCAUCCCCAUGAUGAUCUCUCUGGUUUCUCUGUUCUCGAACUUGGGCGGCGCCAUUGGCUAUGCCGUCUCCGCUGCCAUCUACGCCAAUACCUUCCCCCAGGGACUGCGCGAUGCCCUGCCUGAAAGUGCCAAGGAUCAGUGGGCUACCAUCUAUUCCGGUGGCUAUGUUACUCAAAUGCAGUAUCUACCCGGCACUCCGGAGCGUGACGCGAUCAACUUCGCCUACGGGUACAGUCAGAAGUAUGGCUGCAUUUCUGCGACGGCGAUUCUUGCGCUUGCUAUCCCCUGUAUUGGUAUGUGGAGACAUUACAGGGUGGACAAGGAGCAGAACAAGGGCACUGUUCUCUAG